UUUUCACUAAUUUUCUCUGACUUUUUUUUUUAUUGAUAAACACAACACGACUUUUCCAAAAAGUCUCAAAGUACACUGAAAAAAAUCGAAUGGAUUCUUGUCAUUCAAUCGAAGCCAACUUCGCCGAGCAAAUAAGUCAUAACAAAACGUCAAAACGUACAAAACCUACAAAAUAUUUGAGAAAAAUUCUAAAAAAAUUGUAUUUAUUUGUCGUGAUAAUAAUCCAGCAAUAAGUUUGCGGUGUCCGUGAAAAUGGAUGACCCUUUGGAAGAAGACUCAGAUUCUUUAGUUGGCUCCGAUGAGGAAGGUCUCAAGAUAGAUUUUAAAAUAGAAGGAAGUCUCCUGAAUGAAGCUAAAGAUUUGAUUGUCCAGCAUUGCGAUAUCACUCCCUACAAUGCAAUUCAGAUUAAUCAGCGCUACAUCGACUACCUCGAGAGCCUGCGGCAGAAGGUGAAAUCCCUAAUUGAGCUCUGUGAUAAACGCUACACUGCCAUCGAAGAAUUCCUUGAGAAUAAAAAUAAUUUCUCCGAUAAGAAGAAGCAUGUCUAUUGGCAGAGUGCGAGAAACUAUGGGUAUCCCUUCUUCAAGGUGCCAGGUGGAAAAAGAGCUCCAGACAAUGAGGAUCAUUUGGAGAAAAUGAAAAGAGGAGAGCUACUGCCGGUGGAUUAUGUUCACAUGAAGAGGAAGAAUUGGACUUUGCUCGAUCAGAAGAAUCUCCUGGAUGGUGUAAAGAGCGCAAUGAUUUUAUUCCACAGUCAUCGGGUUGAAAGUGCCAUUAAAGUGCUCCAGAGACGCCGAAAAAUUCCUGGGAGACUGACAAAGAUUGAAUCCCUGCUGGCAGAAAAGCAGAAUGUUGCUGAUAUGCCAUUUGACAGGCUCUGGGAUUGCGUAAAAGAUUGUCCGGACUUCCAUGUUGACUGGGAUUUGGUUUCAAUUAAAAAUCUCAAUCUGCGUCACAGUGCUAUUGAAUGCCAAUCCAUGUGGAAAUUACACCUAAGUCCUGAGCUCAAUAGAACCCCCUGGGCGUCUGACGAAGAGGAUGUCCUGCUGAAUGCCGUCGAACGAUUAGGUGAAGGUGAUUGGGAGAAGAUUGCGAUGAAGGUUGGCCAUAGAUCCGAGUUUCAGUGCUUCGUUCACUAUCAGACAAACUUUGGCUUGAUUGAUAAGAUUGAAUUCAGGAAGAAAUUUACGCCGGAGGAGGAUCAGAAACUUUUGAAGCUUGUGGAAAAGUAUCGUUUUGGUGAUUCAAUUUGCUGGACACGUCUUGGUAGUGAGUUUGAAUAUAGAACGAAGCAUACGCUCUACAAGAGAUACCACUAUAGCCUUAAUCCCAACAUUGAUCAUUCUCGAUGGACAGCUGCGGAUGACUGCGUCCUCAUGGCAGCAAUCGAAGAAUAUGGGACAAACUUCUCAAAAAUUGUCCAGGAAGUUAUGCCAAAUCGAACGGUUCCGCAACUAAGGAGUCGUUAUAGCAAUUCCCUUCUUUCCGUGGGUAACAAUAAUAUCUGGACAGCGGAAGAGGAUGAAGCAUUGGUUAAUCAAUAUGAGAAUGAGAAGAAAACUUGGGCAGAUAUCGCUAAUGCUCUCAGAACGCACAAUCGAAUCAGCUGCAGGACACGCUACCGCACAAUCAAAAAGUUCCUGGAAGCAAAUCCGGAGAAAAGUGUAAAAGAUGUCCCACGGAAACUCCGAAGACUCACAACGAAUAUCACACGAGAGAAUUGGAAAGAACGAAUGGUUGAAAUUCACAACAAGACGCAGGAAGAGCAUGAUCCCUUCCGGGAAACAUCAAUGAUUGACCGGAAGUACUUCAAGUAUUUCAUGACGAGCUAUGAUUUUAAAUUCGGAGAAGAAUUACGACCACAGAGACCGGUGACGAAUAAUCUUUGUCACAUCGCGAAUGUGCUGGACUUCAAAGUUACGAGAAAUCAGUUGAAUUUUGCUCAGCAUAACUUUACGGAUAAUCAGUUAAUGCACCUGAAGAGUAUUGCGGGGAAACAUAUCCCUGACCCUCAGGGUAUCCUUACAUCACUUUGCCUCCCACCAAAUUGGAGUACAAUUGCAGCAUUUCGGGGUAUCGCUGCCACGCUAGCUAUGCAACAGUCCAACCCGGGAUCUUCUGUUGUACCAACAAAUGUACCUGAAGUGCAGGACUUCAAAGCACGUUUCCGGAAGAUGUUUUACUGGACGGCACUACUGAGCAGAAUUCCGCAAGUUGCUUCAAAUUCUUGCGAUAUUGAAGAGAUUGUUGAUGAAGAACUUAUCAUGGAGGAGACACCAAAAGCUUCCACAUCAACUCGUGCAGAACACAACAAUUCUCGGGAAUCACCAGCCCUAUACUAUGUGAUUGAAUACGAUAAGGAUGAAUAUGUGAUAAAAGAAAUCUCCAGGAGCCCCAUUAAGAAGAGAACUUUUGGAGCUUCCGAAGAAGAAUCAAAGGGAACUUGUUCAAAAAGGAUCAAGACAGACUCAGAUUAAGUAUCGGGUUAAUUUUUUGUUAGUUAGAAAAAGAAUCUUCACUUCUAUUUCACUUAUUAUUUCUUUCUUUUUCUUCUCUCUCUCUCUCUCUCUCUCACUUCUACAGUACACAAUCAAAGGAUUAUACUAAUUUUAUUCUCAUAUCUCAAAUUUUGUUUCUGUUCUACAACGUACACUUAUUCUUAUCUAGAAGAUUAUACAGAUUUCAUUUUUUUCUUUAUAUUCCACAUCAAUUAUUAUUAAAAAAUAUGAUGUCUUAUAUUAUUACUCUAAAGCAGUAUUCAAAUGAAUUCAAAAUAAACUUGUAAUGAAUUUAUACUGAAUUAAA